AUGGUAACCAUUGGUAGGCCCAAUUUAUGGUUAAUUUUAAUCAUUAUUGGGCAAGUAUCAGAAUUAACUCAAUUUUUCUUUGAUACUUUAGCUGUUUCUUAUAAUCAGCCAAAAUUUUGUUCGAAUGUUUCAUGGAAUCAAAAUGCCACAAUUUUUGCAAAUAGCAGCACAAUAGGUACAACUCCUUACAGCAUUUUUAUCAACACCGAUAACACCAUUUAUGCGCUUAAUCGAAUACAUAAUCAAAUUCAGAUGUGGCUUAAUGAUAGUAUGAAUCUAACCAGGACAAUUUCUGGUGGUUUUUCAAAUUCAUGGAGCAUCUUUGUGACGACAAAUGGUGAUAUUUAUGUCGAUAAUACCAAUACAAGCAGUUCCGUAGACAAAUGGGCAUUGAAUUCAAACAGUAGUGUACCUGUAAUGUAUGUUAGUAGUGCAUGUUACAGUCUCUUCGUUGAUAUUAAUGAUACUUUAUACUGUUCAAUAAAUGCUCUUCAUCAAGUUGUUACAAAAUCACUUAACAGCGUUUCAAACAUGACAACCAUUGUUGCUGGUACAGGCUGUCCAGGAUCUAUUUCGAAUAUGCUUUAUAGUCCUCGUGGAAUCUUUGUUAACACUAACUUGGAUUUAUAUAUAGCAGAUUAUACUAAUAAUAGGAUACAAUUGUAUCAAUCAGGACAAUUAACUGGAACAACAGUAACAGGAGUUACAUCCUUAACUACUACAGUUACACUCUAUCAGCCAACUGGAAUUGUUCUUGAUGCAGACAACUAUCUUUUCAUUG